CAAAGCUCUACUUUUAGAAGUGAGGCACACAUUUUACCAUUUCUUUCUUUCUUUUCUCACACUAACCUUCAAGCUCACAAAACGCAUACAUACAGAACCUUUUCGGUGAAAAUAGACACUAGUUUCUGUGUUUUCAAGGAGUACAACUACAGAUAUGCAAAGCCCAGUUGACCCAUCAUCUGUUCCAAAGCUUGUGCUCUACUCUUACUGGGAGAGCUCGUGUUCAUGGCGCGUGCGCUUUGCUUUAAAUCUUAAAGGUCUUAUUUACGAAUACCGUGCUGUUAAUCUUGCAAAAGGAGAGCAGUUCACUCCAGGUUCAUUUAAGACUGCACUGCUGCAGAUUGUGGAUUGGAAUUGGCCACUAAUUCUUACAUUAGUCAUCAUGAUAUGGAGGUCUUGUAGAAUUUGCAUUUGGCUUGCAGAAUUUGAAAAACUAAAUCCACUUCAUUAUGUACCUGUCUUGGUGGAUGGAGAUGUCAUUGUUUCAGACUCGUAUGCUAUUUUACUGCUUUCUUCGGAUAAUACUAACUCUGUCUCAGGCUGCAAGUGUCGUAUCUUCAAACAUACAGCCUCUUCACAUGUUAACAAUAUUGCUCUUGAAAAUCUCCUGAAGUGUUAUGCAGACACAUACGCCACUGGAGAAGUAGUUCAAAUGGCUGAUGUAUUUUUGGCCCCUCAAAUUGCAGUAGCUACAAAGAGAUUUAGCAUUGAUAUGUCGGAUUUUCCCACUUUGCGUGCAAUAUAUGAGUCUUGCAAAGAUUUGCCAGAAUUUCAAGCUUCGUUGCCAGGUAGACAACCGGAUGCCAUGCAAUGAAGUCGCAAAUGGAUGCAUUAAUUUGGAGAAAAAUGAAAAAAUUAAAGCCAUUGCAGUGGAGGCGUUCUAUGCAUAGCUAAUAUAAAGUCAAAUGUAUGUUAUUUGAAUGUGUGUUUUAUCAGCUAGCAAAAUUGAUGGCUCUCAUAAGCUAGCUACAAUAGGUCUUGAAUAUGCAAUUAUACAUUUAAACAUAUGCUACAGAGAAAAAAUGAUUUUCAAAGGUAUUUCCUUUGAUAUUUGUGGGCACAUUUUACAGAGUAUAAGACGACUCGCGAGUUGAGA